AUGGCCGAAGCUGCUGCUGCGCCCAAUGUGCCCACGUUCAAGCUCGUCCUUGUCGGUGACGGCGGUACUGGCAAGACCACCUUCGUCAAGCGCCAUCUGACGGGCGAGUUCGAGAAGAAGUACAUCGCAACUCUCGGUGUCGAGGUGCACCCGCUCGGCUUCACAACCAACCUCGGCCAGAUCCAGUUCGACGUCUGGGAUACGGCCGGCCAGGAGAAGUUCGGUGGCCUCCGCGAUGGAUACUACAUCAACGGCCAGUGCGGUAUCAUCAUGUUCGACGUGACCUCGCGUAUCACAUACAAGAACGUCCCCAACUGGCACCGCGAUUUGGUCCGCGUCUGCGAGAACAUCCCCAUCGUCCUCUGCGGCAACAAGGUCGACGUCAAGGAGCGCAAGGUGAAGGCCAAGUCCAUCACCUUCCAUCGAAAGAAGAACCUGCAGUACUACGACAUCUCGGCCAAGUCAAACUAUAACUUCGAGAAGCCCUUCCUCUGGCUCGCCCGGAAACUCGUCGGUAACCAGACCCUGGAAUUCGUCGCUGCCCCCGCCUUGGCUCCCCCGGAAGUCCAGGUCGACCAGGCCGUGCUCGAGCAGUACCAGAAGGAGAUGCAGGACGCCGCCCAGAUGCCCCUGCCCGACGAGGAAGACGCCGACUUGUAG